AUGGCUAUUAUUUUGGUAACGAGUUUGCUAGAGAUUCAAUACCAGCGUGAGUCAACUGUAGAUCUAAGUGCGCACAGAAAACGCCAAGGACUGAAGAAAUACAGAAAUUCUGUCAAAUAUAUUAAACCAAUCAGAUUUGAGAAAAGUCAAAAAGAUGAGAUCCCAGAAGGAUCUGCUGGAUUGUUUUCAUUGUUAACAUAUGCAUGGCUGACUCCUAUUAUCUGGAAGCUUUAUAAAAAGGGGGAGGGGUUUCUUGCACAUAUGAGAUGCAGCGAUAUUGACAGAGCAGAGAUCAAUGGUGAAAGACUAGAAAAGUUAUGGAUUGAAGAGUUAAAGAAGAAAGGACCUGAUAAAGCUUCGUUUUCUCGAGUUAUUUGGAGUGCCAUAAGAACUAGAGUGAUUAUUGGAGCCUUGGCCACCACCUUGUGUGUAUCAUUUAUCUUUGCUGCUCCUGCAUUUGCUAUGCAUCAGUUACUAAGUGACCUAUCUAAGGGUCAGAUGAAUCUGGGCUAUGGUAUGUCAUUAGUUGCGGCCAUAUCUGGAAUGGAGUUUUGUAGGGCUAUGCUUCUUGCUUUUAGCUGGGGUCUCAAUUACAAAACUGGUGUUAGAAUGAGGGGAGGAGCUUUAAGUCUUCUGUAUAAAAAAAUAUUGAAAUUAAAAGGUUUAAAAGACAAGACUGUUGGAGAGCUUGUCAACAUUUGUAGUAAUGAUGCUCAGCGUUUGUUUGAUGCCUGUGCCAUUGGACCUCUGUUAAUUGGUGGACCUGCUAUAUUGGUCUAUGGGAUGAUAUAUACAGUAUUACUUAUAGGACCUUGGGCUUUAGUUGGCAGUGCGACUUUUCUUGCUUUUUUUCAAUUCAUGGGUUUAAUAUCAAGAAUAACAACUAGACUAAGACGUAAAUGUAUUGCUAUCACUGAUAAAAGAGUACAACAAAUGACGGAGUUACUGAAUUGUAUAAAACUGAUAAAGAUGUAUGCAUGGGAGAAACCAUUCGCAAAGAAAAUUUCAGAGAUCCGUAAACAUGAGAGAGGUUACUUAGAGAGGACAGCCUUUGUACAGAGCGUUAGUCAGUCUAUAGCACCAAUGGUUCCUAUCGUUGCUGGUAUUUUUGUUAUUACUGCUCAUGUCAUGACAGGACAUGACAUCACAGCCACACAGGCCUUUACGCUUGUUGCUAUAUUUAAUGCAAUGAAAUUUUCUCUAGGGAUAAUCCCUAUGUCCAUUAAAAAUUUGUCAGAAGUCAGAGUUUCACUUGACCGAUGUAAGAGUGUGCUGCUGAUGGAAGAAAUCAAAGAAUAUCAUACCAAGACAAGUAACCCUAAUCAUAUGGUGGAGAUGGAAAAUGCCUCAUUUGCAUGGGAUGUUGAUAAAGCAAACAUAGAAAUAAUCAAAGAUGGCAGAACUGAUAUAGAAACAAAAGUUAAUGUUCCAAAUGGAAAAGACAUGUCCAGCAAACAGAAUAUUGAUGAGAAACAGACUCUUCAAGAAGAUACAGAUGAUAACCAGAGCUGGUCUUCUCAAGAUAGAACCCUUUGCGAUAUUGACUUUACCUUAGAAAAGGGUAAAAUUAUUGGUGUAUGUGGCAGUGUUGGUAGUGGUAAAAGCUCCCUUAUUUCUAGUAUCCUAGGCAGGAUGAAUUUAGUGGACGGCAGGAUGGGUGUAAGUGGAAGUCUGGCCUAUGUUUCUCAGCAAGCCUGGAUAAUGAAUGCCACAGUCAAAGAUAAUAUUCUGUUUGAAGAACUUUAUGAUGAAAAAAAAUACAAUGAUGUAAUCCAUGCCUGUUGUUUACAAGAAGAUAUAGAAUCUUUUGUAUCUGGCAGUGAAACAGAGAUAGGUGAGAAAGGUAUAAAUAUUAGCGGUGGCCAGAAGCAGAGGAUCAGUUUGGCCAGGGCUCUGUAUGCAGAUAAAGAUGUAUAUUUAUUGGAUGAUCCUUUAUCAGCAGUAGAUAUACAUGUAGGAAGACAUAUAUUUACUGAAUACCUGACCAAAGCCCUCAAAGGGAAAACUGUGAUCUUUGUUACUCAUCAGUUACAGUAUCUGAGGCAAUGUGAUGGAUUAAUUGUCUUAUCUAACGGGAGAAUAACUGAGAGAGGUAAACAUGACGAACUGAUGGCUAGAAAUGGAGAAUAUGCUAAUCUUAUAACUACAUAUUAUACGCAAGAAGGCAACCAGGAUGUGGAGGAUGGUAUCAAAGGGUUACCACAGCCAGUGACAACUGAAAGACAGAGGACAUUUUCUGACUCUUUAGAGAAAUCAGGAUUUCACACACCAGGGUUACAUCAGCAGAACAGUGGCAUGUCUGUCACUACUGAUAAAAAAGAAUUGAAAAAAGCAGGAAAAAUGAUGGUUGCAGAGGAGAUGGGAAAAGGAAAAGUGACAUUUAGGACAUACUGGGAUUAUAUACAAGCUGCUGGUGGUGUUAUCAUAUCUGGUCUAGCAGUUCUCAUGUUUGUUUUGAAUACAGGAAUCCAAAGUGGCAGUAGUUGGUGGCUAUCGUACUGGUUAGACCAAGGAGGUGGGAACAUUACCAUACCUUUCCCAGGUAACCUGUCCAAUAUAACUAACAUCACAACAACCACAGUCCUGAGUAGAAACAUAAGGGAUAAUCCUGAUAUGAAUUUUUAUGUUACAGCAUAUGGCCUUUCUGUUUUUGCUAUUGUGUUUUCAAUACUACUGAAAGCAAUAAUCUUCAUGAAGGUGACUCUUCAUGCUUCCAGUAAUAUGCAUGAUAAUAUUUUUUCCAAGAUUUUAUCGUGUCCAAUGGAAUUCUUUGACACAACACCAGUUGGAAGAAUUGUAAAUAGAUUUUCUGCUGAUAUGGAUGAAAUUGAUGUGCGUCUUCCUGGAAAUAUGGAGAUAUUUCUACAGAAUUUUUUAAUGAUAAUUUUUGCAUUAAUCAGUAUAUCUUAUGUUUCGCCAUGGUUUUUGAUAGCACUUGUGCCAUUGAUAUUCUCCUUUGUCUUGUUAAGUAAAUUAUUUACUGCGUGCAUAAGCCAAUUAAAAAGACUUGAUUCUGUAACAAAAUCACCGAUGAUAAGUCAUGUGCAAGCAUCUGUUCAAGGAAUAUCAACCAUUCAUGCAUAUGGAAAAUCCAAUGAAUUUGUAGAUAAAUUUCAUAAUUUAAUUGACACAAAUACUGUUCCAUAUUUCCUGUUCGUUUCAUCCAAUCGAUGGUUAGCUUUACGUCUUGAUAUUAUCAGUGCCUGUGUAAUAGCUGUAACAGGUCUUUUAGUUAUCGUUAAUUAUGAAAGUAUGACUCCAGCUAUGGCAGGCAUUGCGCUUUCCUUUUCUAUCCAGGUGGUGGGUUUAUUCCAGUAUUCAAUAAGAAUGGCAAUAGAGACCGAGGCCAGGUUUACAUCAGUAGAAAGAUUAAAUCAUUAUUCCAGGGAAGUAGAAUCAGAGGGAGAUUCUAUCAUUGAAGGACAAAGUCCACCCAACAACUGGCCAUCAGAUGGAUGUAUAUCAUUUAAAAAAUUAAAAAUGAAAUAUAGAGACAAUUUACCUCUAGCAUUAAAAAGUGUAUCAUUUGAUGUUCUUCCUCAAGAGAAGGUUGGAAUAGUUGGUCGAACAGGAUCAGGGAAGUCAUCACUAGGUGUUGCCUUAUUUAGAUUGGUUGAACCAGACUCAGGAAGCAUAUCUAUAGAUAACUUAGACAUAUCUACAAUAGGACUCCAUGAUCUGAGAAGUAAGCUAGCCAUCAUUCCACAGGACCCUGUUUUAUUUGUUGGAACUAUUAGAUACAACCUGGAUCCCUUUCAAGAACAUAAAGAUUCAGAUUUAUGGGAAGCACUAGAGAAGUGUCGCAUAAAAGAUACAAUAGCUGCUUUAGAUUCUCAGUUGGACUCCACAGUUGUUGAAAAUGGAGAGAAUUUUUCGGUAGGAGAGAGACAGCUAAUGUGUUUAGCAAGAGCUUUAUUGAGACAUAGUAAGAUAUUGAUAUUAGAUGAAGCUACAGCAGCAAUAGAUACAAAAACAGAUUCGUUUGUACAAACCACAAUAAAAGAAGCAUUUUCAGACUGUACAAUGUUAAUUAUAGCACACAGAUUAAACACUGUUCUUAGCUGUAAUAGAAUAUUAGUCAUGGAGGAUGGUCAGGUUGUGGAGUAUGAUUCACCAUCUUCAUUAACAGCUAAUCCUAAUUCUAAAUUUAAAAUGAUGUUAGAUGCAGUAGAGGGUCAGCAAGGUAUGUUAUAACAGAAGGACACAACUCUGUGGUUGGUUUAUAGUUCAGCUGUUAAUGGUUUGAGAAGAUUUGAGCACAUAAAGAAAUAAAAUACAUGUAAAACUUUAAGAAGAACAGUACAAACUUGUUCAUGAUUUAGAUAAAAACUUCAUUUGAGGAAACGUGUCUCAAGGUACCACAGGCUUCAUGAAAUCAAUUAUUCCUGUUAUCAUCAAUUCAAAUUGAAAGGGGAUUGGGUGUUUUCCCUGAUUUUCUAGUAAUAUUGUCUUCAUAUAAAAUUCCAUUGUUUGUUAUGAAUAUACUCUCUAAUUCUUAGCUGAAGUUAUUUUUUACUGAACAGUUGUUUAUUUUUUAAUAACAUGUUGUUAGCUGGUUCUGAGUUUUUAAAAAAAGUCUGUAAAAUAAGAUAUACCAUAUCUCUUUUAUAAAGAUUAAAGAUAUAUUCAUUUGUUUCAGCACAAUCUUUUAGUGACUAAACAGGAAUGGUACAAAUUUUAUUAUUUUUAAUAGAAACAGAUUUUACGACUUUACAAAAUGGGUGGCUCUCAUAGCAAUUUUUGUCCUCAUUUAUAUUUGAGAUUGGAUAUAUGAACUACACUAUCUGAGAUAAAUAGUGUAUCCAACAGUGUGUUUUGAUCUUGAAAGAAAAGGGUAUUUUGAUUAUUCUGAUCAGGGGUGGAAUGAAGAGAGAAAUUUUUCAGAUGUCUCCAGAGACCAAGGUGAAACAGUUAUUUCUCAUAACAAAUGGAAUAUAUUAUCAUUUUCUUCCCUAAGCAAAUAGAAACGUUAUCAGUUACCUCCUCAAACCAAGUGGAUAGUUUGUAUUGUUGACUAGUCACUUGUUUUCCAAUCCUACCUUACAGAUUUGUUUGUUCUAUGUUCUAUAGAAAUAGAGUAACAAUUAAUGUUAGGUUUGGAGUACUUUUAAUGUUUUAGUAGAACAUUUUUGGUUUGACAUAUUAUAUAGUAUGCAUCAACAACUGUAUUAUCAAAUUAAAUGUACUCAUCUGAAAUAAAUGAAUUAUUUUCAUUAUUUCAGUCAUCUAAUACACCAUACCAUUCAGAGAACAAUCCAUUGGUACUGUUGGUUUUAUCCCCUUAAUGAGGGGAGAUAAUUUACUAUAAAAUGCAGCAUUGAUUAUACAUGUAGAUUGUACUGCCAGUUGUUAGUUAUUGUUAUAAUAUCUUACUUUGUGGUUCUGAUUUUAAAGCUUUUGUUAUUUUAUUAUUUUAUUAAUGGCGUAGUUGUACUCAGGCUUCAUUGAUGUUUCUUUCUUUCUAUCUAUCUUAUUGUUUGUUUAAGUUUCUUGAUAAAGGUAAAGGAAGGAUAUGACACAAAAUACCUACAUGUACUUCACAAAUUGAUGUUUCUUUCUUUCUAUCUAUCUUCUUGUUUGUUUAAGUUUCUUUAUAAAGGUAAAGAAAGGAUAUGACACAAAAUAUCUACAUGUACUCCACAAAUCGCAAUGCAAAGGAACAAUGGUUUUAAUGCUGUUCUUCAUCUCAGAGUAGCAGUGAUAUCACCGUUAUUUAUUUCAUGACAAUUUUAGUAGUAAUUAACAUGGUCAAACUUGUGCCAAGAUAAAAUCGCCACUAGAAUUUCCCUGUAACUAAAUAUUUUCUGUAAAUUAUUAAAUAGAUCAACAAAUUCAUAUCACAUUUAGCAUGACAUGUACAUCUUCCUUUAUUCAGUGUUUUGUUGAGUUGACAAAUUUUUUUGAUUGCCUUCCUCUUCCAUUUAUUAGGUUUUACUAUUCACUAUAGAAUAUCUUAAGUAAUUUCAUUUAGCAAUUAAGUUUCCCUUUUUCUCUUUUGUUUUAUAUACAGUAUUGUAUUUAGAUUUGAUUUUUUUUCUGGUUACCCAGGAGGUAAUGAAACAUGAUUUUAUUAUUUGAGAAAAAAAUAGAUUUAAGCGGUGAUUUUAAAAUAAUUUGAUGAAAACUAUAACAAUGUAAUCUUUAUGUGUUCACUUUGUUUUUGAAAUGAAAUAAGUAACAGUAGAUUAAAAAAAAAAUGUUGAUGACUAAUUAUGUGUUAUUGUGUAAAUUGGAAACAAAAAUAACGGGUUGUUAUGUAUUUAUAUAUACAGAUUUGGUAUAAAUAUAUAUAUACAUAUAUAUAUUACUACAUUUCUAUUUUUAGAACAUAUUAAAUGAGUUGCAUGUUCAUUGAAAUGAUUUUUUAUGAUGAUGGAGCAUUAUAUUUUGUUCUUUCAAUUUUUUUACAAUAAAGAAGUAAAAACAUCGUA